GUCCACAUGGCUUGGGUGUGUGAAAACCCUCAAGCUAAUGAUGCUGGUCCAUCAAGUACCUUCAAGUUCCUGGCAUUGAGAGGCCCUUCGCUCUACAUCUUCAGGAGUCCUCCCGUUAGUGGAACAGACUGGGGACAAGCUGAAACUAUGUAUACCCUCUAUGAGGUUCUGUUAAAGGUUCACAAGCUAUGUGUGACGGAGGACUGUUGGAUCCAGGCCAAGUUCUACCUUGGUCUCCAGCAGGAUGAGGAUCUGCAGGAUGGAGAGCCUUUCUGUUUCAGUAUCCUGGUCGGCCACGGCCAGAGUCACACCUUCAGUGUGGAGAUGACCUCUGACCUCGCCGUGUGGGAGAAGUCCUUCCAAAGAGCCGUCUUCAUGGAGGUGCAGAGAGUAGGG